CGGAUAGGCGGUCAAAGCUCAAACACUUCGGGAAGAGUCGCGAGCCCCACGGCAGCCAAACGCCGCAUUUCACUUCUGGCCUGCAUUAAACUUAGAGCUUAUAUAGAUUGUAGCAACCAUGGACGUGCAAUUCCAAAUCCGCCAAAAUGCGAUGGAGAUGCAGGAAUACAUGAAGGACUUAUUUGACUGGCAGCAGUCCAUGAAGAAGAAAGAGAAGAAGUCGCGAUCAGAGGAUAAAGAGGGAGCGGGCGGGGGGGGCCCGGCGCCGCGCGGCCGCGCGGGUGGCGCCGUGGCCCCCGCGCCCUCCGACCUGAUGCGCCCUGCGAUUGGCCCCGGCGCAGCGGCCGCGGCUGCCCCUCGCGCGGCAACGGAGCCCAGCAGCAGCGGUGCACCGGCGUCUGAUGCUCCUAAGAACGCCGCGGCGCAUACCUACACCGCUUACAGCAAAUGGGACAAGUUCAACGUCGACGCCGCGCUGGCGUCAGACGACGAGGAGGGCAGCGCAGCGGCCCCGCCAAAGCCCGGGGCGGCAGCCGCCUCGGCUGCCGCCACCUCCGAGCCCACGUCUACACCCCCGCCUGCGCCGGCCGCCAAAUUGGCCCCAGCGGCCUCUAGCGUCCCGGCGGCAGCGGCAGCUGCGGCGCCGGCGCCGGCGGCCGCCUCGCGGCCCGACGGCAUUGCGUUCAAGGAGUCAGCGGGCGAGGACCUCCUGCGGCCCGUGACAACAACUCGCAUUGCGCCCGCGCCCGCUUCUUCAGCUUCCACAACCCCCACCGCACCCGCCACAGCCGCUGCAGAGCCCGUGCUGCCGCCCAUCCGCAACACCCAGCCCACCACCGCCGACGCGUGGCGCGCACGCGGCAAUGACCUGUUCAAGGCGGGGGAGUACGACAGCGCGUACGAGUGCUACAGCCGCUCAGUGGAGCUACAGCCCACGUGUCUAGGCCACGCCAACCGGGCCAUGGCGCUGCUGAAGAUGAAGCGGUGGAAGGAGGCGGUGGCCGACUGUGACGCGGCCCUAGCUCUGGACCCGCUCUACGUCAAGGCCUAUCAGCGCCGCGCCGCUGCACACCGCGCCCUGGGUGCCGGCCGCGAGGCGGCGGCGGACUGGGAGGAGGCAUUGCGCCUGGAGCCUGACAACCGGGCCACUGCCGCCGACCGGGAUGCGGCGCUCGACGCGCUGAUGGCGGCGGAGAAACUAGCGCCGCCCAGCCGGCGAGUGGCGGUGCCGGUAGCGGCGCCGCCGCGGCCGCCGGCAGUGGUGCCAGCGGCCGCGCCGGCGGCGGUGCCAGUGUCAGGCAUGAAGAAGCUGGCGGUGGAGGAGGUGGCGGAGAAGGAGGUGAAGCCGGCCGCGAAGGCGGCGGUGCCCGAGGCGGCGCCAGUCUCGGAGCGGGCGCAGCAGCCCAGUUCUUCUGCAGCAGGGCUGGUGUCCGCGCCUAGCACCAGCGGCAACGGACUUCAAAGCACAAAGGCACCGGCCGCGGCGCCGCCGCCUUCCUCCGCGCCGGCCGCAGCAACCAAGCCGACCGCACCCUGGACCGCAACACCGGCGGCGGCACGCGGCGCCUCCACCUCUACGGCCGCGACCGCGGCGGCCGCAGUUCCUUCCACCUCUAUAUCCUUAGCAGCACCUUCAGCCGCUGCCGCCCCCGCCUCGCUCACCGCACCUCGCACCAGCGUGGAGUUCGAGUCCGCCUGGCGGAGCAUGGCCGGCGACGGCGCCCGCCAGGCAGCCUACCUGUGCGCCAUCCCGCCCGCCAGCCUGCCGACCGUGUUUAAGAACAGCCUCACCGCACCCGUGCUGUCAGGCAUGCUGCGCUGCCUGCUCACAGCCCUCACAUCGGCGCCGUCGCGCGCGUCGGCGGCGCCGGUGGCUGCGGAGCCAGGCGCAGCCGCGGCGCCAGCGGGGGUGGAUGGGGAGACGGCGGUGGCAGUGCUUGCGGGUUUGACACAUGUGGCGCGGUUCGACCUGAUGGUGAUGUCGGUGCCGUCGCGCGAGCGUGGCGAGCUCAAGGCGGCGUGGGGCGAGGCGGAGGCGGCGCUUCGGGGCGCGGGACGGGAGGCCGUGGCGGGAGGCCUGUCGGCAUUGCGGCAUAAGUACCGGUGCGCGUAGGGGAGAGGGCUGGUGUGAGGGCUGUGGCCGGUGUUGGGCUGUAAGGUGAAAGGCCGAGCGUGGUGCGGGUGCUGGUAGCCCCCUUGGAUUUGAGGGCGUUGAACUGCGCGGAUGGCGGCAGUGAGAGGCCGGCCUGUUGGGUUCGGCUGGAGUGAGCGGCAAGUGGAAAGGAUGCAUGACGUUGACUGGUAUGCAGUUGCUGUGGGUACAACGAAGUCUACUGGUCCGGUGUUCCGCUGUCUGCCCUCAGCCGAAAGCGGGUGACCAUGCAGCGGUGCGGACGUCCCACAUGGGGU